AUGGCGGUUGGAAAUCUACCAGCGUUCGCCGUUGCCAGCUUUAAUAUGAGAUGGGUGUUCAGCAACAUAGGUUGUCAAAUAUAUGGAUUCGUCGGUAGUAUAGCCAGCCUUACAUCAAUAACAACACUCACCUUGAUUGCCAUAGAGAGAAGCAUUGUCAUCGUGCACCAAUUACCUUGGUACCAAAAGACAUCAGUAAUCUGGCAUGAACGGGAGAUUGACCAAAUCGCAUUAAAGACAAAUUCCAAAAUAUAUUUUACUAAUGUAUCCAGAGAAAGACGUAAACAGAAGCGUGAGUUUAAAACAGCAAAAAUAGCAUUUGGAAUAAUUCUGGUAUUCUGUUUUUCCUGGCUGCCUUAUGCAGUUGUGGCUAUGAUAGGAUGUUUCAAUGGUAAAUUAAGCCUCAUCACGCCCAUGGCAGUAUCAGUUAGCGGUCUCUGUGCGAAAAUCGCCACGGCUGUGAAUCCUAUUUUGUAUGCACUAAUACAUCCUAAGUACAGAGGCAAAGUUAGGAAGGACAUGAAGAAAGGCGUGUCAUUUGUUUUCAAAACCGUGAACAAUCAGGAUUCCAGAAUCUCACAUUCCAAUGACUCCAAUGAAGAACUGCAAUUUUCCAAAUUCAAUAGGAAAGAAAGCAUAACGAAUCGACCAAAGGAACAUACACUGUUACAGAAAACUGAUGAUUUUCUUUAA